CACUCUCUCUCUCACACACACACGGCGACACCAACUGGAGUCACCCAACGGCUAAGAUGGCGACCCUUUUGCCAUCACCGAUAACUUCUUCUUCUUCAAUCCCUCCCCCUUUUUCUUUUUCCUCAUCCCAAUCCCUGCGAGGUCGUUCUACUCAGACCCUAUGCUGCACGAACAGCAGAAGAGCUGCUCGAUUUCCAGUGCUUCCGGUGAACCCUAGUUUCAGCAACAUUAAGGGCUCUUUCCUGCCAAGCCUCGCUCCGGCCGCCAGGACUUCCCCGUGGGUUACGCGGGUGUAUGUGGACUGGGUUUCUGGCCCUGCGUUUGUGAAUACACAGGAAGCACCAGAUGAUCUUUCAUUUUUUCUCAGAGAUAGAAUAGUCCACAUUUGCUUGCCGUUUGAGACAGACGUAACAGAGCUUGUGCUUGCACAAUUAAUGUACUUGGAAUCAAAGAAUCCUGAUAAGCCGAUAAGUUUUUAUAUAGACUCUACUGGAUCAGAGAAUGAGGAUGGUGAAACUGUUGGGAUGGAGACUGAGGGCUUUGCAAUAUAUGAUGCUGUGAUGCAGUUAAGAUGUGAGGUACGUACUAUGUGCCUUGGAGAAGCUGUAGGUCCGGCAUGCCUCUUACUUGCGGCAGGAACCAAGGGCAAGCGGUAUAUGUUUCCGAAUGCAUCCGCCAUUUUAGAAGAGCCUGUGGUCCCACCACUUGGAUUAAUGGAGCCCAGUUAUGUUAAUCUCAUUACAAAGGAGGUUUUAACACAGAAGCGUAUUUUUGCAGAACUCAUGGCUAAACACACAGGACAGUCAGUAGAGACUAUUGAAGAGGACAUGGCCUAUGGAUUAUGUUUGUACGGCGAGGAGGCUAUACAAUAUGGUAUCGCUGAUCAUAUUCUUCCGCGUGGUAAGAAAAAGAUCCGCCCUCAGAAAAAGGUCACAAAGGAGCCCGACCAGAGUUUGGAGCCAAAAAUGUCAGGUCAUUCUUGUAGAUGUCCAUACUUGUAUCUGUGUUCUCUCAAAGAUGUGGUUCUGUAUGUGGAAUACUGUAACAGGUUACAAAGUCAUGUUUGGAGAAUAUUUACAUAUGAGAGCAUGGAGUAUUGAUCAGUGUUCUAAAAGUUGGCCGUCUUGGCCGAUUAGUCCCUGCCUAGGCGUUAGGCGGUGGUCCAACACCUAGAUUAGGCGGCUAACUAGUCAGGUGCUUAGUCCCCCGCCUAGGCGGUAAGCGCCCCUUUUCCGCCUUACUAGCGCCUAGCAAUCUUUAGAACAUUGGUAUUGAUAGAACAUAGAAGAAGAAAUAUUACUUUUGCUAAUCAGAGAAGUUCAAUACAAUAGAGAACGCUAAUAGAGGUUAUUUAGUUCUGUUAUUCCUUUUGCUGGCUAGAAGAAAAUCCAGGAGCUGAUAAUGGGGGGUUGUUGAUUGCAACCCUAAGAUAUGUGGAUUUUGAUUCCCGUGGAACUCUUUUGUUUUCUCAUAAGUGAAUUCUAUCAUAUGAAGCAAAUUUCUAUUGAUUUGUACGCUAGACAGGACCUAUUCUGAUUCUUAAUUCGUAACUAACAAUUUCUGAUUCCGGUCACACUUCACUUUUUGGGCUUCUUCUAAAGCUUAAGCUAUAUAGUAAAAGUUCCCUUUUCAUUUAAAAUCCAGCUGACUAUAGCAAGCCCUUUGUUGACAUUAAAAUUGCAAUGAUAAAGAUUCUUCAAGGCUAUUGCUGUCUGUUCUUAUUUUUUUUGCUUUAGUUAGUUGCUUCUUAGUUUUAUCUACUCUGUUACUGACCCAACUAAUGUGAUCAAAUCUGUUUCAGGAAAUAACUGAGAGAAUUGGCUGUAAGGGGAGAGACCUAGCAUUUUGGUGGUGUUCUCUCGUAUUAUGGUUAAUGGGCGUGUAUUGCGUAGAGACAGUCGGCCUGAAAUGUUUGUUCGAUCUUCCAUUCACGAGAAACGCAUUGUAUGUAUCUCCGAUGAGAAAUAUUUCCAACAAAAUUCUUCAUAAAUUGGCCAACAAAAAAGUGUACUAUGAUAUCUUUUGCCUUUUGAAAGGUAAGAUUUUAUGUUGUCGUGUAGUAGAUUCUUUUUAUUUUUUGUUUUCCAAUAGACCUUUAAGACAGUCAUUUUUACUGUAUGAUUUGCUAUUUGAAGUAUGUUCUCCAACCCAUGGCUUCAAAUUGGAGAUGCCAAAUUUUUUUCAAA